UCGGGGAUAUAGCCACAGCGUAUUUUUAAUUUUAUCCCUCUGUCACCAGAGUUCAGACUUCAGAACAAUGUCGAAAAAUCUAGUGCAAUGCCAACAACACCCAGAUGCACCAUUGAUUGAAGAUUACAGAGCUGGCGAUCAAAUAUGUUCCGAAUGUGGUCUUGUGGUUGGUGAUCGRGUAAUAGAUGUUGGUUCUGAAUGGAGGACAUUCAGUAAUGACAAAGGCAGCAAUAGUGCUGAUCCUUCUCGUGUUGGAGGGGCAGAAAAUCCAUUGCUCAAUGGUUCUGACUUGUCUACACUGGUUGGUCCUUCUAGGGGUGACGCAUCAUUUGAUGAGUUUGGUGGUAUGAAGUAUAAAAAUAAGGGUAUGGUUUGUUCAACCAAUCGUUCACUACUUAAUGCCUAUAGGGAAAUUGGCCUUAUGGCUGAUCGCAUAAAUUUGCCAAGGAAUAUAGUGGAUAGGGCCAAUGUACUAUUCAAACAAGUGCACGACGGCAAAAAUCUUAAAGGUCGAUCAAAUGACGCGAUUGCUUCAGCUAGCUUGUAUAUUGCUUGUAGGCAAGAAGGAGUACCACGUACAUUCAAAGAAAUAUGUGCUGUAAGCAAAGUUAGUAAAAAAGAAAUCGGAAGAGUUUUUAAAUUAAUAUUGAAGGCGUUGGAAACCAGUGUUGAUUUGAUAACAACUGGAGAUUUCAUGUCAAGAUUUUGUUGUAACUUGGGAUUACCAAACAUGGUCCAGAGAGCAGCCACGCAUAUUGCUAAAAAAGCAGUAGAAUACGAUAUUGUACCAGGUCGUUCUCCUAUAUCUGUAGCGGCUGCAGCAAUAUUUAUGGCGUCCCAAGCAUCUGAUGAAAAACGUUCUCAAAAAGAAAUUGGGGACAUUGCUGGUGUUGCAGAAGUCACAAUUAAACAGUCAUAUAAACUGAUUUUGGCUAAUGCAACUUUACUAUUCCCAGAAGACUUUAAGUUUGUGACUCAGAUUUCUGAUCUUCCAACAUCCUAAAUAUUCCUUAUAAAUAAGUAAGUAUUAUUCAACUAAAUUACAGUUAUGAAAAAUCCUACAAAUAUAUAUUUUUCAUAAUUUUACCGUACAAUUUAUUUUUAUUAAGGUUUGGACUAAAAAAUUAA